GAUAGGAUUAUUUACACUAAAAUGACACCCACUAGGAUUAAAAGGUUAGGAAAGCUCAGAGAUUUAUGGCUAUGAUGUCAUGUUCAUAAGCCCCGCCUUGCCUUAUGGAUCAACUCAGAAAGCCAAUACUUACUCUCAUCUUGUUCAGGAGAGAUUCCUGGUUACUUUUGCUCCCAACACAGAGAAGCAGAUUAGACAGAUUAGAGUGAUGCUGCUUGGAGCCACUGGCAGUCACUCGGUGUGAAGUGCUGCUUUUUGUUCAGAUUUUUUGUUAUGCUACUCAAGUGAUGUAUUAUUGAUAUCUGGUUGCGAAGCAAGAAGAAAAUCAAAGAAAAUGGCAGACCAGCAAGCGGUGGAGACGUUCCUUGAUAACAACCCGCAGGUUGCCAAGGCAUACUUUGAGAGGAAACUGAAGGCUGAUGUAAUAGGGGCUGCAUUCACAGAAAAGGUGGAUAUCAAAGAUACAGCCUCUUUCAAGGAUGCUACCCAGAUUGUGGAGGCUGCAUUUAUUUAUGAACUUGUGAAAGAGUUGCAGAGCUCUGUCCCUAUGGAAAAAUCUUUGCAUAAAGUCCUGCAAAGAAUUGCCUUGCUGCUGAUGGCAGACAAGUGCAGCUACUUCAGCAGCAGGUCCCGAAAUGGCACUCCAGAGCUCUCCACUCUACUCUUUGAUAUUACGCCAACCUCUUCUUUUGAGACAAACCUGGUACACCCUGAUGGAGAGAUUGUGUUUCCUCUUGACAUGGGGAUAGUUGGUAAGACAGCAGUGUCAAAGAAGUUUUUCAAUGUUCCUGAUGUGAAACAGAACUCAAACUUUAGUGACUUUGUGGACAAGCAGACAGGAUACACUACAAAGAAUGUUCUCACUGCUCCCAUUAUAAGUGGGAAAGAAACUAUUGGCGUUGUGAUGGUCCUGAACAAGCAGGGAGCCAGUGAAUUUUCCAAAGCAGAUGAGGAUCUCUUCAAUAAGUAUAUGGCCUUCGCCAGUGUGAUUGUUCUUCAAGCCCAUACAGCCUACAUGCACAAUGUGGAAUCCAGAAAAAGUCAGGUGCUCUUGUGGUCAGCCAGCAAAGUGUUUGAAGAGCUCACAGAUAUUGAGAGGCAAUUUCACAAGGCGUUGUACACUGUCAGGAUUUACCUCAACUGUGAAAGAUACUCCGUAGGUCUCCUGGACAUGACCAAAGAAAAGGAAUUCUUUGAUGAGUGGGCAAUCAAACUGGGAGAGGAGGAAGCAUACAAGGGUCCAAAGACACCAGAUGGAAGGGAGGUGAACUUCUAUAAGAUCAUUGAUUAUCUCCUGGAAGACAAAGAAGAGAUUAAAGUUAUCCCAACUCCAACACCAGAUCACUGGGCACUGGCCAGUGGCCUUCCAGCAUAUGUUGCGGAAAAUGGCUUUAUCUGUAAUAUGAUGAAUGCCCCUGCCGAUGAAUACUUCACCUUUCAGAAAGAUCCCGUAGAUGAAACUGGCUGGAAGAUCAAAAAUGUUCUUUCACUUCCAAUUGUCAACAAAAAGGAAGAAAUAGUGGGUGUUGCCACUUUCUUUAACAGAAUGGAUGGUAAGCCAUUUGAGGAGAAUGAUGAACAAAUAACAGAGGCACUCACACAGUUCUUGGGGUGGUCAACACUGAACACUGACACCUACGAUCGCUUAAACAGAAUGGAAUGGAGGAAGGACAUUUCUCAAGAGAUUCUCAUGUACCAGACCAAAGCCACCCCUGCAGACAUGCAAACAAUCCUGAAUACAAAGGCGAAGUUUGACAAAAUGCCUGAGGAAUGUGAUCAGAAGGAGAUGUACAAACUUUUGAGGUCAAGUAUUCCUGAGUGUAAAGAUGUUGAACUACUGGAAUUCCGCUUCAGUGAUUUACCCUUGCAAGAAUUUGAUCUCAUCAAAUGUGGCAUCCGCUGUUUCUUUGAGAUGGGAGUUGUAGAGAAGUUCAAAGUACCUGCGGAGACACUAACAAGGUGGAUGUACACAGUUAGGAAAGGCUAUCGUGACAUCACCUACCACAACUGGAGACAUGGAUUCAAUGUGGGUCAAACAAUGUUCACCCUCCUAAUGACUGGCAAGCUGAAGAAGUAUUAUUCUGACCUAGAGGCCUUUGCCAUGGUUGCUGCUGGAUUUUGUCAUGAUAUUGAUCACAGAGGAACUAACAAUCUGUACCAAACAAAGAGCGCGUCUCCUCUGGCUAGACUGCAUACUACAUCUGUGAUGGAGCGGCAUCACUUGGAGUUCAGCAAACUCAUAAUGGAAGAUGAGAAUCUAAACAUCUUCCAGAACCUUCAGAAGCGCCAGUUUGAGACUGUACAACAUCUCUUUGAUGUAUGCAUCAUUGCCACAGAUCUGGCUCUCUAUUUCAAGAAAAGGACCAUGUUCCAGAAGAUUGUUGAUGCUGUGGAGCCAAUGACUGAUGAAAAAGAAGCUGUCAGUUACAUUGCUAAUAAUGCCACAAGAAAGGAGAUUGUUAUGGCGAUGAUGAUGACUGCUUGUGACUUGUCUGCUAUUACUAAGCCAUGGGAGGUCCAAAGCAAGGUUGCUGUCAUGGUUGCAUCUGAAUUCUGGGAACAAGGAGACCUUGAGAGGACAGUGCUAGACCAACAGCCUAUUCCAAUGAUGGACAGAAACAAGGCUGAUGAACUUCCGAAAAUGCAAUGUGGUUUCAUUGAUUUUGUGUGCUCAUUUGUUUAUAAGGAAUUUCAAAGAUUUCAUAAAGAAAUUUCGCCAAUGUUCGACGGAAUGACCAACAAUAGAGCGGAGUGGAAGAAGCUGGCUGAUGUCCAUGAAGCGAAGGUCAAAGCUCUAGAGGAGGCCCAGAAGAAACUGGAGGGUGCUGGUGAGGGUGCUGAUGGCGGUGAAGGUGGAAAAUCAAAGACUUGCUCAGUAUGCUAGCCCUCCCAUUUCAGAACAUUCCAUCAUUGCCAUUCCAUCUGAAGUGAAGGCUGAACCUUUCCACUGAUCUGGCAGGAAGAUCACAAGCUGGGACCCUUGCUAUGUAUGUGAAUACUCCUAGUGUGACAUUCUGCAAAUAAUCUUAGAAUUAGACUUCAUAUUUAUUUUUUUAUAUAGCCUGGUUAAAGGAGGUAAUACAUUAUUUUUUGACAUACUAAAAUACAUGUAUGACACUGGGUAGUUGCAAAUAUUGCCAAAUGUUGUCAUAUAUACAUUACACACAGUCACUCAGCAGAAUCAGAAAAAUGUGGAGUGGUCUCUUAAUUUUUGGAUUUUCAUUAGU